CCUCAUCCUUCCUCAACAUAAGCAGUUUGGCGGAGAAGCAGCAGCACAACGCCAGCAGUUGGGUUUGAGAGUGGAGAAAUAACGAUGCUAGGAGUAGUAGGAGGAGCAUUUCUACAUCCCUUCAACUCCUCCACAGCCCUCCUUCCUUCUCCUACUCAAAUCCCCUUCUCUUCUUCCCUCUCAUUCAAAUUCCACAAAGAAAUCCACGUUUCUCUCUCCUUCUUCCCGUGGAGGACACGUGCUGCGCUCUCCAUUUCGGCUUCGAGCAAGCGUGAAACCAGCAACAAUGUCGCAGCCAACGAUGGCUAUGGGGAGGAGAAGAUGAUGCUGAUGAUGCCUUUCGAUGAGAUGAGAAGGUGGUUUCAGAACAGGCCGUCUGGGUUCGGAGAAGGGAAGAUGUACGACACUUCGAUUGAGGAGAAGCUUAUGGAAGAAAUCGAGCAGAGCAGGCAAGCCCAGCUCGCCAACAUCGAUAAACUCAAGAACGCUGCCACUCCCUCGAAGAAGAAGUCGGAGCAGCAAGUACAGAAAGCACCUGAAGUUGUUCCAAGUGGAAUUCAGGUUCGUGUUGGGAACCUUCCAAAGAAAAAGAACAUCCAUAGGGAUCUGCAGUUGGCGUUUAAGGGGUUUCCUGGCAUUGUUAAUAUAAGCCCAGCAGUUUCUGGAAACAAAAAGACGAGGGACCCUGUUUGCAAGGGCUUUGCCUUCCUUCACUUCGAAUCUGAAGAGACUGCAUAUAGGUUUGUGCAGACAUAUUUCGAGCAAAGUAUACAGUUUGGUAAGAUUCAAAAGCAGAUAACUUGUGAGAUUACAGAUCCACAGUACAAUUCCAAACAAAUAGCAGUCAGCACUUCUUCGUCUACUCUGCUGAGGUUACCUGAAAUGGAGGAAGAGACAGAUACAGAUGCAGAUAGCCUUUCUUGGGAUUUACAGGAAGGAACCCUCUAUGGAGGAUCUGAAAUUGCAAUCAAUGGCAGCAAUGAAGAUUCUGCUGAGCUCGUUUACAGCAUGGAGGAUGAGCAUACAUUCUCAGACUGGGAAGAGAAUGAAGUGGGUAUCAAACAAGUCAAUGUAUCUGAGCCAAAUAAUGAAGAAAGUAAGAGACCAAAGAAACAAGGAAUCGUGCUCUCUAAGCAGCGGAGAUUGAAUCGAGUGGUACGGAAGCAGCAAAUGGUCAAAGAGAAAUCUGACAAGGCCUCAAGAUUAGAAGUCCCUGGAUCUGCCAAGAGAUUGAAGAUUAAGGAGAGGGCUGUUCUGACGGGAGUGUUCUCAAAAUAUGGAGUAAAAGCCGACACGGGUUCGUCGUCGUAAAUUUGAGCCCUUAUUAUUAUUCUUUGACACCAUUUGAUAGGAAAUUAUAUUGGAGCCGGCAAAAUAAUUACAAGUGCAAGGAUAUUCCCUCUGCAGCCCUUGAUAUGAUGGGCCUCACCCUGCAUGGUCCAUGAAUCAAGGAUCUCUCAAUGGGAAAUGAUCUAGCGAGCUCAGUAUAUGUAAGCCUUUUUGAUGCAUUUGUACUCUUGGUAUCUGUAUCAGCUAUCUAGACCGGCCAUUAUGCUCAUUCCCUUCUCCACUGCGGUGCAAAAACUCCAGCAACCUUAUGAUACCAAAAGUCUGUGACUGGACCUAUCUUCUAUAAACAUUCUCGUCCAUCCAAUUUUGCA